CAGUUACAGAGUUCGCUCGUUACAGCCGUUCUUCACGGGGUCGUUCGUGUGGUGCACUGCUAAAUGUGUGCGCGUGCGUCUGCUGACCGGAAUAAUCGUGUAGCAGCGAUGUGAGGAACACUGUUACAUUCAGUCAGACUUCUGAGAUGUGUUCGUGUGUGUGUGUCUCUUGAUCGAAAGAGUGAUCUGUGAGGAGAAGUAAUGCUGUCUAAGUGCCGUGUAUGCGCGACAUGUGAGUUCAAACAGGUGUAAAUGAUUCUUCUCCCUCUGACAGGUGUGUAUUCCUCGGUGUGUGUGUGCUUCUCAGUGUCUGACUGAUGAAUGAAUGAACGCUGGAGUGUUUUCAUCUCCUGAAGAUCACACAGAGAUCAUGAAUGAAGCAGAAGCAGAGUCCUGCUGGAUCACGCAGGAGGUCAUCGAAGAACAGAUAGACCUGAUGGAAGAGAUCAAUGAGAUGGAAGAAGUGAUUGAAGAAGGGAAGAAACAUCAUGACAUCGAAACUGAUGAAACAUCUUUGAGUCCCUCGUGGGAACCAAGACCCGAAAUAUGUUUCAUUUGCCCUCAGUGUGGAGAGAUCUUCACAUGUGAAGAAAGUCUUAAUCUUCACACAAAAUUUGAAAGUGGAAUGCAGCCUUACGCAUGUGAUCUCUGCGAGAAGACUUUCAGUCAAAAAGCAAACCUGGCCAAACACAUGAAAAUCCACACUGACGAGAAGCCACACGCAUGUGAUCACUGUGGGAAGAACUUCAGAAAUAAAGGAAACCUGAAUGAACACAUGAAAAUCCACACCGGAGAGAUGCCGUACAUGUGUGAUCAGUGCGGGAGGAAGUUCAGACAUAAAGGAAACCUCAAUACACACAUGAGAAUCCACGCCGGAGCGAAGUCCUGCAUUAAAACCACUGAAGAUAAACCGCACACAUGCAGUCAGUGUGGAAAGAGAUUCAGACACAAACAUCUCCUCAAUCAACACAUGAGAAUCCACACUGGAGAGAAACCGCACUCGUGUGAUCACUGCGGGCAGAGUUUUACACGAAAACAGCUACUUAAUGAUCACAUAAAGAUCCACACGGGACAAAACCUGCACACCUGUGAACAGUGCGGGAAGAGUUUCAGGAAGUCCAGUGUUUUCAAAGUACAUCUGCUCCAUCAUUCUAGAGACCGGAUCUAUAACUGUGACCAGUGCAGUAAAAGGUUUUUUAGGCCAGAUAACCUGAGGGAGCACAUGAAAACACAUUCAGAGGAGAGGCCUUACGUGUGUUAUUUGUGUGCAAAGAGCUUUAGACAUCUGAAUGGUUUAAAAAUACACCAGAAACGACACAGUGGUGUGAGGGAUCAUACUUGCUCUGAGUGCGGAAAGACUUUCUUUACACUUUAUGUACUGAAACAGCACCAGACCGUUCACACCGGAGAAAAACCUUACCAGUGUUCACACUGUGAGAAGAGAUUCAGUAUUUUAGGAAACCUGAAAAGACAUGAGAGUGUCCACUCUAGAUAGAGUCAUAUCACCCCCAGUCCUGUGAAGAGUUUCACCCGAGUAUCUACUCAGUCAUACGAAGAAGACAUGUUCAGAUCUGGUGCUUCUGUGUAUGUGUGUGUGCAUGGCUUCAGGAGAGAAACCCUACAUUUGUGUUGUUUUAUUUUCUUUCUUGUAUACACAUGCAUUUAUUGUCAUUUUUGGUGUUUAUAUGUUUUGUAAUUAUAAAAAAAAUUAUGGCUUUUUUAAUAUUUUUCCUUCAACUGUAAAAUGGAAUAUAAGUUUAAGAUAUAAGAUAAUGUCUUCAUUGAAGGUUGUUAAAGGACUCGUACGAUGCUGAUAAAAAAAAAAACAUUGGGUCUCAUUCAUGAAACACGAGCAAAACGAAUUUUUGUGUAAAUCGCGUGUAAAGUGGUUUUGGCGUAAAUUUUCGGAUUCAUUAAAACGGUAGUAUUUUCCAAAUGUUAGUUGGUAAGAAAGAAAUCUACACCUGCUCCCAGCCACGCGUAAAUAGUGCGUUUAACGUCUGAACGUUUUGCACAUUAAUACGGAUGCAUUUUAAUUCACCUUAAUCGGGUACAUAUUUACACAGCAUUUUGAAAAUAAUAUUAUAUAUAUUAAUUACAUACGGUUUUUCUUUUAACUUUUAUUAUGAGAGCCAGUAAUAGAAUCUGUAAUAUGCUUCCAAACUUCCUUUUUUAGGACCUGAUACGCCACUAGUACGCUUGAAAAUAAAAUGUGGCGUUUUGAAUGAAAUUCUGAUAAUAAAACUUCAAUUUCUGCAGCUGAGAAAUGUUUCUUUUUCAGUCGCUUUUGAGAAGACAUGUUGAAAUCCUUCGUUUGGGGUCAUAAUAUGAUGCUCAUAUAUAGUUGUCAGUCGGAUUUAAUAGGCGGGAUUUAUGGUAAUUGAGAGUGAGCGUGCACGCGUGUCCCAUUUACGACUGAUUGGAAUUCAUUAACACACACACACAUUUCACUAUCACAUCUGAUGUUUACGAAGUUUUUGUGAAUCAGGAGAAGAGUUUUCGGGAAGUUCUCUUUACGCGCAAAUCACUCAGAUAUUUACUCGUAUAUUUACGAAUGUUUCAUGAAUGAGACCCAUUGUUUUGAGUAUUUGGUGUAAUGAAAUGUGUUUAUGUAGUUUAAGGUAAAAACACAUUAUUUUCCACAUACUGUACAUUAUAAUGGUGAGCCAGUUGAUCCAGGAGGCCAAGGAGACCAGAGGAGACCUAGCCGUACUCUGGCUGUAUCUUACCUACGCCUACGAGUCUAUACCCCACAAGCUGGUCAAAGAAACACUGACAAGACAUCACGUGCCAGAAACGAUCCGCAACCUCAUUCUAGAUUACUACAACCGUUUCAGAUUGAGAGUUUCAUCAGGAACGUUGACAUCUGACUGGCAACGGCUAGAGAAGGGAAUUAUUACCGUAUGUACAAUCUCAGUACAUCUCUUCGCUCUAGCCAAGUCCAGGUCCAAGUGGGCUAUCGAUUCGGCUUUACCCUGGAGGGGUCACACAUUUCAUCAAUGACCGAAAGACCAGUUAAGAGCUUGGGGAAGAUCUUUCACAGCUCCCUGAAGGACACAACCGCUGUCC